AUGACGUCUGCCACGUCGUCGUCGCUUCUCAGUGCCUUUAACGGGCUCAAGCUUUGCGCUUCCGCGCCUCGUAGGCAAAUGCGAGCCCCGAGUUUGCGGUCGACACAAUCCCCCGAUGCUCCCCGGCAGCUGCUUCAAGGCGUCCGAACUUUCUCAACCACAUCUCCCGUUCUCGGAACAUGGCUGGAACCAAGCUUGGACCGCAAAAACAAAAUGGCCAAAGGCAGGCCUCGAGUGGCUACAGGAGGCUCGACAAAAGGCACCACCGUCAUCUGGGGCGAUUACGGGCUCCGCAUGACGGAUCAUCACCGAAGGAUUAGCGCAAAGCAACUCAAGAUGGCCGAAGACACAAUCAAGGUGCGACUUCGCGGCGAAAAGUACCGGCUUUACAAGCGAAAGUGCUGCAAUGUGGGCGUGUACGUUAGCGGUAACGAGAUGCGUAUGGGCAAGGGAAAAGGUUCUUUUGACCACUGGGCGACAAGGAUGGCCGUGAGCCAGAUUUUGUUUGAGAUCAAGGGCCAAAUCCACGAGCAGGUUGCGCGGGACGCUUUCCGCCUAGCUGGAAACAAGCUGCCAGGCCAGUGGGAAUUCGUAAAGAGCGGCGAGGCACCAAUGGUCGGAAUUACCAAGCUGGAUGGGGUUACUUUGGAGGACUUGAAGCGUCCGAGAAGACAGGUUGCCCCAACUCCCAUUGCCGAGCCCGUCAGCACGUCUUCUGCUUCUCGUUCGCCUUGA